AGAGAGAGGUUGUGCAUGUCGUAGCACUUGUGCCAUUGUGCUGUGUUGUCUAAUGCCUGCGGGAUGAAGAAGUUUCUAAACCUUGUCUUUCGUGGCCUGGUCAGCCUGCCCAAAGAAAAGGCUUGGCGAAAGCAGCGUGCUCGACGUCUGAAGAGACAGGGUAGGAGAGGAUGGAUCGCAUUCAAGUGGACUAAGAUGAUUCUGACAGUGUACCUGAGCGAUGGUGAGCAGGCACUGACGGAGGUGCCCAUCACCCCGGAGACGACGUGUCGUGAUGUGGUGGAGUUCUGUAAGGAGCCGGGUGAGAGUGGUUGCCACCUGGCUGAAGUGUGGCGUGGCAAUGAGAGGCCGAUCCCUUUUGACCACAUGAUGUAUGAACACCUGCAGAAGUGGGGCCCCAGGAAGCAGGAAGUGAAGUUCUUCUUGCGGCACGAGGACUCUCCGACUGAGAGCAGUGACCAAGGUAGCCAGCAGUCUCAGGAGCAGGCCAGCAGAAGAACUGGAAACAGCUCGGAUAAACACAACGAGAACGGGGUGGGCAGCUCGCGUGUGGAGCUGACCCUCUCCGAACUGCAGGAGAUGGCCACGCGACAGCAGCAGCAGAUCGAGGCUCAGCAGCAGAUGCUUGUCGCCAAGGAGCAGCGUUUGCGGUACCUGAAGCAGCAGGAGCGACGGCAGCAACAGGCUGUGUCUGAAACGGAGAAGCUGCAGAGGCUGAAGGAGCGCGUGGAGAGCCAAGAGACCAAACUGAAAAAGAUCCGUGCCAUGAGGGGCCAGGUGGACUACAGCAAGGUCAUCAAUGGCAACCUGUCGGCGGAGAUCGAGCACUUCAGCGGGCUGUUCCAGGAGAAGCAGGCAGAGCUGCAGGCAGCCGUUUUGCGUGUGGACCAGCUCAGCCAACAGCUGGAGGACCUGCGCAGGGGCAAACUGAACGGCCUGCAGGGCCUGGGGGGCCACAUUACCGGCACUGCUGCCCUGGAGCUCCGCAAGCUCUACCAGGAACUUCAGAUCCGUAACAAGCUGAACCAGGAGCAGAACAGUAAGCUGCAGCAGCAGAAGGAGCUGCUAAACAAACGCAACAUGGAGGUGACACUAAUGGACAAGCGCAUCAGCGAGCUCCGGGAACGCCUCUAUAAGAAAAAAGCUGAGGCACGUCAAAAAGAGAACCUGCCACUGAACCGAGCGAGCGAGCCUCCCUCCCCCCAACCUGGCAGCACAGGUCGUGUGGCAGCCGUGGGGCCCUACAUCCAGGUCCCGUCACGGCCAGAGAAUGCCUACGUGAUGCCCCCAGAGCCCCUCAAACCUCAGACGCUGGGCGUGAAUGCGCCAGCCAACCACGCUCGAUCCAAAUCAGAUGGCGUGAGAAAACCGCCUGGGCCCUGGAAGGUCUCUGAUUUAGACAUCAUAGUGGACCCGCUCCCGCUGUCACCUGCAGACUCCGGGUCGGGCCCCGGGGCCCCUGCCACCUUCUCAGCGGGGUCAGAUGGAGCCUCUUCUAACGAUGCAGGCUGGCCGACUCUCAGCAAGUCCAGCGCUUCCCUCAAGCCCCCUGACUGGAAGGAGUCCGUGGGAGACGCUCCCAACAAAGCAGUCUCUCCUGCUGGCACUCCAGCAGAUAAGGACUCAAGUAAACUGGUUUCAGCACCUCCUCCUUGUAAACCCCAGCCUCCUCCAUACGGCGCCCACGCCAGCUCCCACCCACUCUCGUCUGUCAACUCUGGCUCCACCAGCUCUCUGGACCGCCGCAAGGACAUCCCCCUGCGGCCUGUCACUAGCCACCCCAACAACCCGCCUAACUCCAACCCCCCUCCCCCGCCUGCCUGGCCCCGCCUGGGCUCCUCGGCCGGCUCCUCCUCCCAGCAGAUCCAGCAGCGCAUCUCCGUCCCACCCAGCCCCACCUUCCAGCCCAACUCGCCCCUCUUUCCCCCAGGAGAGAGACCUGACCCCCCUCUGGCUGUGGCUGUGCGCCCCUUUAUCCCUGACAAGGGCUCUCGACCCCAGUCACCCAGGAAAGGCCCAGCCACCAUGAACUCCAGCUCCAUCUAUCACAUGUACCUCCAGCAGGGGGGGCCCAAGAACUACCCGUUUGGCAGCAAGCCCACUGUCAAAGCAGUUUAUGGGAAACCAGUCCUGGUCUCUGGCUCCACUCCCGCCUCACCCCUCCCUGGGCCUUUCCCAGGGCUCCUGGGUGCUGUAGGGGACAUGGCAGAAGGUGACCUGGACUUUGAUGCUCAGUCACUGGGCCUCCCCGAGGCCCCUCCCCCCAGCGUGGACCAUAUUCCCCGGCCGCUCAGCCCCACCAAGCUCACGCCCAUGGUCCACUCCCCCAUGCGGUACCAGAGCGAUGCUGAGUUGGAAGUCCUGCGCAAAAAGCUGGCCAACGCGCCGCGCCCGCUAAAAAAGCGCAGCUCCAUCACUGAGCCUGAGGGUCCUGGUGGGCCCAACAUCCAGAAGCUCCUUUACCAGCGCUUCAACACGCUGGCCGGCGGGAUGGAGGGAGGUGUUGGAGUGGGCGUCGGAGGAGGCACCCCGUUCUUCCAGCCCGCCGGGGCCGCGGGAGAGGCACUGGCCGACACAGACAACGGGAACGCGCCCGCGGAGGCACCGGCCGACCCCCCUGCUGGGUUCGAGGGAAAGCCCUCGGACUCCCUGCCUCAAGGUGAAGCCAAUGAUAACCAGCCCCUGCGGUCAGCCUCUGAAUCAUUGGCCCCGCCACCGCUGGAACCAUCCGAGGACGAUAACAACAACAACCUGUCAGGGCCCUCAGCCACCCUGCCCAGCCCUGUGCCUGAAGCCAGCUCGCCCCAGGAGGCAGAAAGUUCCCCAUCAUCCCAGUCCACGGAGAAACGCACCAACCUGAAGAAACCGAACUCGGAGCGUACAGGACAUGGCUUCAGGGUGAAGUUUAACCCUCUGGCACUGCUGCUGGAUGCCUCGCUGGAGGGCGAGUUUGACCUGGUGCAGAGAAUCAUCUACGAGGUGGAGAACCCCAGCACCCCCAAUGAUGAGGGCAUCACACCCUUGCACAACGCAGUGUGUGCAGGACACCACCACAUUGUCAAAUUCCUGCUUGACUUCGGCGUCAAUGUCAACGCGGCAGAUAGUGAUGGCUGGACGCCCCUGCACUGUGCUGCUUCCUGCAACAGCGUUCACCUCUGUAAGAUGCUGGUGGAGUCUGGCGCCGCCAUCUUUGCCACCACCAUCAGUGACGUGGAAACAGCAGCAGACAAGUGUGAGGAGAUGGAGGAAGGCUACAUCCAGUGUUCCCAGUUCCUCUAUGGCGUGCAGGAGAAGCUGGGAGUGAUGAAUAAGGGAGUCGUGUAUGCUCUGUGGGAGUACGAGGGUCAGAGUGCAGAUGAGCUCUCCUUCCAGGAGGGAGAUGCCAUCACUAUCCUGCAUAGGAAAGACGACACUGAGACGGAAUGGUGGUGGGCCCGGCUCCACGACAAGGAGGGCUACGUGCCUCGCAACCUGCUCGGGCUCUACCCCAGAAUAAAGCCCCGUCAGAGAUCUCUGGCAUAGCUGACUGCCCCUCUCCUGUGUCACUAACUGGAAUGAAGUCCGGGGAUGUAGGACCUCUACCACUCACUCAGCUGCUAAACCAUGUUUCCUCAUUGGGCGCACAACCAACAUCAAUACACACACACACACACACAUACAUGCAUAGUAAAGGCCAACCAAGAAGCCUCAGGUCCUGAAGUGUGAUCCCAGUACUCCCACGAUCUAGCUUUGAUCUCCCCCUCAUCCCCCUUCACUCUGGAAAACUAGGUGUCUACCUGGUGUCAUGUGACGUGCAUCAUAGCCACUCCACAUUUCUCCAUAGAGAUGAAAGCACUACCUGCUUGGGUUUAUAGCUUUUGGUUUGUCAUUGUGUUUGCAUUUUUAUCUACUGAGUUUUAACUUUUCCUUUACCAUGAGGACAUGGGAAGGCUGGAGCAAUGAAUGGCUGCUUUUGAUUUCCAGUGAGCUGUGGUUCAAGAAUGGAACACAUGCGGAUUAAGGGUCGUGUGUGUUAUGUUUUGAGUUUGGUUUUUUUAAAAUACAGAACCCAUAGAUAUGGCGUUAGAUGGUCUUUUCAUAGUGUGUAAAAAAAGAAUGAGUGAAUUAAGUGAGCUAAUGUGUGCAAGAUCAAAAGGUUAUAUGAGAUGAGAACAAAUAGAUACAUAUUUAUAUACUAGAACAACUUAUUUCAGAGAAAGUGUGGUUCAAGUGUGCAUUUUAGCAAUGGGAUUUGUCUUUCAAAUGAACAGUGUUGUGUGAAUGCUUUACACUGCAAGUGAUGGCUAAGAAUGAAAUGUGUGCGCAUGAAUAGGACAAUGAGAUCUUUAGUAUACACAGGAUAUGAGCUAUUUUAGACUGGAUGAAGAGUGUGAUGGUGUGUGAGUGCAACAAACCAAGCUGGUGUGGCAGUAAUAAAAAAUAAACAUUAAGAAACUGCCAAGAUGAAGUCUGAGUGAACAAUACAUUGUGAUUGUAGAUAAGGCUUUUGUGCAAGACACUAGGUUAGUUUAUAGCCUUUGAAGCAUCACAAAGUUUAUUUACAUUAUUGUACAAUUUUUUAUCAUUACAUUGUGCUAGUCUCUCCCUCCCUGGUCCUGUUUAAAGUUUUGUAAACUGAUCUAUUUGCCCUGCCUAAGAGGCAGCCAUGAGCUUUAAUAUGGAGUUCACCUGUACAUACUGUGAGGAGGCAGGGAGGGUAAGACAAUGCUGAAAGACUUAACCUGCCUCUGCAGACAUACAAAGACACCUCCUGUUCUCCAUGUGCACAAAUAAAAAUAAGUCCUGGGAAAAUGUGCUGCAGUGCUUGUUCCUUGUCUCCCUCACACUAAAGCUGCUUCUUUUUGGAAGUUUCUACAUAGAGGACUAGGGUAGUAGGCAAGGUGAUGGUAGCAGGAAAACACCAGACACAAAGGGAUGCUCUGAAGGGCCUUUAAUGGCCUCCUACCUCUAGUGGUCAGUAGCAUUCAGGAAGUCACAGUUGGGGCUGUUAAGGGCUAUCUACAGAAACUGCAAACAAGAUAGGCAUUGUACACUAGAUAAACCUUCAUGUUGUACAGUGUAGGACAUAACCUUGCAAAACUUGAAGCCAUUUACGGCAAUUGUAACUUGCUGUAGUUAUGCCAUCAACCACUAGAGAGCAGUAUUAACAAAUUGCUCGUUAUGCAUUAGUGCUGUUAACGUUAAGAAUUUCUCGGAAUACGUGAUGGUAUUAAAAACGGCCAGUUAUUCCUGGUCUCUAAAGGAAAAAAGCCAUUCAAAGACUACAUUUGUCUAAAUUCCUUCACACCCCCCCAGUUGAUCAUUACCAAUUUAACCACCUUUGGUGAUUAUACAAAUCUGUUGUCCCCGUUUACCCAGAACAAUGCAAGCACAAGAUCAGCAAAUAGCACAUGAUUAUUUCCACAUUCAGGUCCAGUGUACCUUCAAUAGUGAAGUAAAGCAAAUGGGACUAUUUAGAAGUGGAUGAAAGGCUUUCCAGACAGCCAUAAGCCACACACUUACUUCAGGAGUCAAUCAAAACAGGAAUUUAACCAUAUUACCAUCUUAAUAUUUCCUUCUCCCACAGAAGGAAACUAGUUGAGUCUACUGCACAGGACUCAUUAUGGUGCUUCUGGUUAACAAACUCGAAAGGGGAGACAAACUACAACCAAUUCCAUGGGCCAAAGAGACUUUAUUUCAGAUGUUAGAGCCAUCCUCAAAGUGCUGGAGAUACAAAAUCCUUCAGACUGACGGAAGACUCAUCUAACUUAAGUGCCACUAAUGUUUGGGUGGGGUGUGCUCCUUGGUGUAGUUAGUAUUGGUGCUGGACAGAGGGAGGAC